AUGAGCUCCAGCGGCAUGAACAUGAUGAGCAAGAUCGUCUUCUACGAGGAGAGGAACUUCCAGGGUCGCUCCUACGAGUGCAUGAGCGACUGCGCCGACAUGUCCUCCUACCUGAGCCGCUGCCACUCCUGCAGGGUGGAGAGGGGCUGCUUCAUGGUCUACGACCGCAGCAACUUCAUGGGCAACCAGUACUUCAUGAGGAGGGGCGAGUAUGCCGACUACAUGAGCAUGAUGGGCAUGAGCGACUGCAUCAGGUCCUGCCGCAUGAUCCCCAUGCACAGGGGCUCCUACAGGAUGAGGAUCUACGAGAGGGAGAACUUCCAGGGCCAGAUGUACGAGCUGAUGGAGGACUGCGAGAACGUCAUGGACCGCUACGGCAUGUCCAGCUGCAUGUCCUGCAACGUGAUGGAGGGCCAGUGGCUGAUGUACGAGCAGCCCCACUUCAGAGGAAGGAUGAUGUACAUGAGGCCCGGAGAGUACAGGAACCUGAUGAGCAUGGGCAUGGGCAUGGGCAUGAGCAACAUGAGCGGCAUGAGGGUCAUGAGCAUGAGGCGCAUCAUGGAUUCCUGCUACUAG